CCCGCCCUACCCUACACACUGACCGUCAAUCAUCUGUCUCUCCAUUCUCCAACAGCGGACGCCUCCUCUUACUGGCUUCCCUGAUGACAAACUACAACUGUCUUUAAAAUUUUAGCUCUUAGUGGAGAGCUAAAGGAGGUAUUUAAGAAUGGGGUGAUGUGGUGCGGUAACUCUUUGGACGAGCUACGCAGCACCUUAGCAUGCUAGGCUAACGGAGAGCCACAUUCAUUUGACUGGCCGGAGUGGUAAGUAACUGAGCGAGCUAAAGGCUCCGCGCUAACGAAGGCUAGCAUUCAGCUGCAGGCUGUCUUUACUAACCACCGCGAACGGGAUGGAACGUGUGAAGGAACACGAGUGUGGGGCCCUUUCAACUUCGCAAACACCACAGUGGACGCCAGAGCCUAAUCAUGACGGUGGUCCAGCGAAAUCUAUUGGAUUUACAGCGAUAUCUGUUGGAAAGCGACCAUCCAUCGGGGAAGAUGAGGGUGGAGGCGCUGAGGCAAAACUCUUAGGGAAGGGAAUUGCAGCCACCUCCCUUCUCCAGAUUGCAAUAAGGAAUGGGAUCUAUCAAAACCAAGUUGCUAACGCGAUUGGUGGCGCCAAAAAUAACAUGUCAGCGGUGAAGACAGCUAACAUCUACAGUCUGUCUUCCGUCAACAACAGCACUUCUCCCAACUCUUUGCUGAGCAAACGACGCCAGCGGCACAAGAGGAAUCUAUCGCUGGGUUCCCCGCCGACCAGCUGCUCUCCCGGGGUGUCUGCUGCGGAGGCGACCAGCCCCGCUCCUUCAGCCUCACCGCUGAGCACCCUCAGCCUGGAUAGGAAAACGUUCCUCAGACAGAAGCAGUCAAAGCAACUUUUGGCCUCCGACAAGGGAUGGGUGAGAUCGGACCUUAAACGGGGUUGUAUUCACGUCCAUGACUGGCUCACGCCCUCCUACCCACGGCCGGUGCUGUGCACAGUGGAUACUACUGCUAAAGAGGUGGCCCGUAAGCUGGAAGCAAGUAAAGCUGGGGCUGUCUUGAGAAUCAACUGCAUAACAACUGCUGAUGUAAAUAUCUGUAAGACUAGUAAUGGACAGACUGAUGACAUACAUAGUAUAGGAUUGGAUCCCAAAGACAUAAAGGCAGAAGAGAAUGAAUCUCUGCAGUAUAACAGUCACACAAAACAUUAUUUUGAUACUAAACUGUCUUGUAACCCAUUUGUAGAUGACAGAACUGCAAGUAACUCUUCAUCUGAGGUUUGUCUGAAUGACAUUGGCGUGGAUUUGAAUUCGAGUGUGGCAGACGGUUAUGUUGUCUACUCUGGAUCAGAUAUAGAGAGUAGCACUUGUGAAGACUUCAGCCUAGGAGGACCUAAAAGCACAGUACACCAGGACUCGCUAAGUGAUGGCACGGGUUUGGGUACGGACUCAUCAGCAUUGAGCCCAAACUGUGACAGUGCCCCAGAGGGACCUGACCCAUUUGAGAGCUCCUCUGAGGAGAUCGAGCUCACAUCCUCACCAGCCCAUUCCACAUGCAAUUCUCCUGCAGACCAGCCCACUACCACUGACCUCACAAAUACCCCCGAGCAAUCGAUAAGCACACUAGAGAUUGACAGUGGGACUAUAGCUGGUGACUGCAGUGAUUCACCCCAACUCAUCAAACCUCCAUCAAAAUGCUCCAGCAGCUCUCUGACUCGGCCCCUAAGCAGCCAAGCAUCAGUGCAGUCUGACACGGAGGUUUCAGCAGGGAGCAGAGGCUGGUCAGAGCACAUCAAUACUAGCCCAACUCCUUCUCUCUUUGUCCAGCUGCACGGUGGAGUUGUGCGACAUUUACAAGAUGAGGAGAAGCCUCUGCAAAUAUUAAAUGAGUACCUGACUAGCUUGGGCUUUGAAGACCCAUGGAGGGUGCAGGAGGAGGGGAUGAAUGCUGGUAUUGGCUGCCUGAUUCGUUUCUACUUUGGAAAACCUCGAGCAAUAGGUGGUUCAGAGCGCGUGCAACUCUCUGGGGUGUUCAAUGUCCGCAAAGGGAAGCUGGCGUUACCUGUCAACCGCUGGUCCAAACGUCAGGUCACUCUGAGUGGAACCUGCCUUAUUGUGUCGUCUGUGAAACACGCACACACGGGCAAAAUCCAUAUCCUCCCUCUUGUUGGUGGCAAGGUCGAUGAGGUGAAGAGGCACAGCCACUGUUUGGCCCUGAGCUCCGCUGGUCCCCAGAGCCAGACCUACUACAUCAGCUACGACUCCUACACAGAGCACCUCCGCUGGCACAGAACGGCCUCAAAGAUUGUGUCCCAGAGGGUGAACUCGGUCGACCUGUCAUGCUGCAGUCUAGAGGAACUGCCAGCUCAGUUGUUUUUCAGCCAGGACCUCACACAUCUCAAUCUCAAAAACAACUUCAUGUCCUUGCACAAAGGUGUUCCAGCACUUACCAGGUUUUGUAAACUGAAGAGCCUCAGUUUGUCUAAUAAUGAACUGUCGGAGUUCCCACUGGCCUUGUGUGACAUCAUCUCCCUGACUGAGCUCAACUUGUCAGGAAAUUACCUUUCAUCUCUUCCUGUAGAAGUAGGAACCAUGCUCAACUUGCAGGCACUUCUUCUGGACGCAAACCAUCUGAGUUCAUUGCCUGAGGAACUGGGCUCCUUAAAGAGCUUGGCCUACCUUGGCUUGUCCUUCAACUCUUUCACCUGUGUUCCCCCUGUCCUGGAGAAGCUCAGAGACAUAGAGAAACUGUGUCUGGCAGGAAACCAACUCUCUUUCUUGGAUAUGGCAGAACUGCAGUGGUUGCCUGCCUGUCACAUAGAUCUCAGGCUGAACUGGCUUCAAAAGGUGACAUUGGGAGAUAUGGAGCAGCUAGUCCACAUAGUGCACCUGGACCUAAGGGAUACUCGUUUACCAGUGCUGGAUGUCAGGCCUCUCUGUAAACUGGAGGUUCUCCGCUGUGACAGAAACACACUUUCCCUCCUCAAAGUCAGCGGACACACCCUCAAGAGCCUGCAUGCUGCACACAAUGAGCUCAAAGAACUAGAAGUACAGCCUGUGCCAGAGAAUCUGACUGUUUUGGAUUUGUCCUGGAACAAGCUUGGCCUAGUUCCUGACUGGGUGUGUGACAGCAAUAGACUGGAACUUUUGGACAUCAACCAUAAUUGUAUUACAGAGCUACCCAUACGGUUGCUGUCCAGUGGGAGCCUGAUAAAGCUGUUUGCAGGCUGGAAUGCUCUUUGUCAGUUGGCUGAGUUGCUGGAGAGAUCACAGCUAGAAACCUUAGACAUGCAGCACAAUCAUCUGACUGAACUUCCAAACAACCUCUUCAUCAAAGCCCAGAACUUGCAGUACCUAAAUGUGUCAGCUAAUAAGCUGGAGUGCCUCCCUGCAGCUGGCCUAUCACAUGAAAACUUGAGCAACCUGAAGGAGCUCUAUGUGACCUACAACAGCUUGACAGACAAAUGUGUCCCUCUCCUACCAGCGCAUGCCCACCUUAGAGUUCUUCACCUUGCUUAUAACCAACUGCAGACCUUCACUGCCAGUAAACUGGCACAACUGGAGCGUCUCGAGGAGUUGGACCUGAGCGGCAACAGACUGAGGACUGUGCCCACAACGAUCCUGAGUUGUCAGCGCCUGCAAACACUGUCUGCGCACUCCAAUUGCAUUGAUGCCUUCCCGGAGGUCCUGCAGCUGCCUGAGAUAAAGUGUGUUGACCUGAGCUGCAACGAGCUAACUGAGGUUACUCUGCCAGAGUCGCUACCUCCCAAACUUCAGGAACUGGAUCUCACAGGAAAUCCCCGUCUCAACCUGGACCACAAGAGCCUGGAGCUUCUUAAUAAUAUCCGAUGUUUAAGGGUGGACCUGUUCCCCUCUGCAUCAAGUGCCAGUGAGAGCCACGGAGGCCCAGCAGUCUGGAGCCACGGCUACACGGAGGCUUCCGGAGUCAAAAACAAGUUGUGUGUGGCAGCUCUUGCCCUGGACACAUUCUGUGGCGUCCGUGAAGCUCUGUAUGGUGUUUUUGAUGGCGACAGGAAUGUUGAGGUGCCUUACUUGCUGCAGUGCACCAUGGGGGAUGUGUUAGCAGAGGAGCUCCAAAGGGGCCCAAGCCAGGGAGAUUACAUGACAAACACUUUCCUCACCAUGCAACGGAAACUGGGCACAGCAGGCCAAAGAAUGGGAGGCUCAGCAGCUUUAUGUCACAUUAGACAUGACCCAGUGCCUCCUGGUGAGCAUGGCGGCUGCUUUACCCUAAAGGCUGCCAACGUAGGCAGAUGCCAAGCUGUUUUGUGCAGAGAUGGAAAAGCUAUGCAACUCUCCACCAUCCACACUGUCAAAGAAGAACUAGAGUACGAGAGGGUCAGGCAGCAUAAUGCCAUCAUCACGGAGGACAAUAAAGUCAGUGGUGUGACUGACUCCACCAGAAUGAUGGGAUAUUCCUUCCUGUGCCCAUCAGUCACCCCCCGGCCACACAUCUCUGUGGUAACACUCACCCCACAGGAUGAGUUUGUUCUGCUGGGCAGCAGAGGCUUGUGGGACAUGUUGUCUCCCAGCGAGGCAGUGGAAGCCGUCAGGAAUGUUCCCGACGCCCUGGCUGCCGCGAAGAAGCUUGUAACUCUGGCUCAGAGCUUCGGCUGCUCCGACAGCCUCAGUGCCGUCGUCGUCCAGCUCAGUAUCACCCAAGACUGCUGCUUCUGUGAGCUGCCGCCUCCACCUCCCAGCCCAGGCUUGGGUGUGCACGUGCAAACCGGUGUUCACCCUUGUUUGGUGAGCGGCGACGGGGGCAGCUUACCGCUGCUGCCUGCUUCGUCGGGAACUGUCAGCGAGCUGAGCGAGUUCAGCAUGUCUGAAAUGAGCAGCGAGGUGGGCUCCACAGCAUCCUCAGAAGAGCCACCUCUUCAAACUGAGCCAAUAGCGUCUCAUCUGAGCCUGCCAGGAAGAACCGGCAUGCGGCGUGUCGGUUGCGGCACUGGCAGCUUCCAGAGGCAAUUCUCUGGAGCGCUGUCCGACAACGGGCUUGACAGCGAAGACGAGGAGCCCAUUCCGGGGGUCUUUUCUAACGGGAGUCGUGUGGAGGUUGAGGCUGAUGUGCAUAGCCUGCACAGCAGGGGCCACUCUCAUAUGCCCUCAAGCACAAGGGUUCCUCAGUCCGUCGCGUCCAGUCAUGAUCCGUCGCCUCUUCCCAUCUCAGCUACCCCUUUCCCUGUCACUCCAUCCUCCCCCUGCCUCAGUGGAGAGACUCAAUCAGGCACUCUGGGACGUAGGGCUCGAGCUAACGGUUCUGUUGCCUGCCAAGGGAGAAACCAGGACGUGAUUGAGGAAGCGGCAGAUGCACCCGUUAGGAAGCAAGGGGGCUACUUUAACGCUCCUGCCCAACCCGACCCUGACGAUCAGUUCAUCAUUCCACCCGAGCUGGAGGAGGAAGUGCGGCAGAUCAUCCAGCAGCAGGAGCAGCUGGAGACUCACCAGCAAGCACCCACCUACCAGAAACCCAUAGACUAUUUCAUCACACCUCUGUAACUCUUGUCAUCUGCCGUAGUGGCGGCCAUCUCCAUCUAACAAUCCAGACGUCGGUCACUUUGAUUCAUUUUGCACCACUUGGUCCAAAACCCGAGGAUUCAGAUUGUUAAGGACCAGACUGUUUUUUAUUUGCUUUAUUUCUACAGUUAACUCUGUGCCCCAGAAAGUCAAUGCAAUUUUUAUAACACUCAUGUUGAUUAAAUCAUCACAUUUAAUGUAUUUGAUUUGAAUUGAUACAGCAUCAUUAAUUUGAAGAAGCAUUGUAAAUGCUUUUAGUAUCAUUUUGACUACAUCGCAUCAUCGAUGGUACGUUUCAACAGUGUUGUUUUGUUGAUGCUCACACUUCUUUUGGCCUUGGUUGUUAAGUCAGGCCUUCCAGGAUUUUGAAAUUGUUGCGGGCGUAAAUUCCUGAGUUCGCAGGAGUUUUUUUUUUCCCAAAAAUUGCGUUGGAAGUUGCUGUGUUUUUUCUAGAUGUUUGUUGCAAUAUAAUUUCGGGAGAAAGUAAAAAUUGCAAUAAACCGUGAUUUUCCUCUGUGUAAUUUAUAGAGACAUUUUUUUUAAAGAAGCAAUUAAUGAGCAUAUAUUGAGAGCAAAAAGACUGAGAAAAGCAUCUUACUGACAUGGCACACAAAAAUGUAGCAAAAUAGGUUUUAUUCAGCCACAACAAAGUACACCUCUAGUCCUGUCAGGGAAGACUAACAAUCACAGCUCAGCCUUCACAUGAGAAAAACAUAAAAACUUUCACAGUUAAAAAUCAUUCAUGAAGAUGACUACAGUAAAUGAUGCAAAAUUCUCUCAAAGCAACAUACUAAAGGCACUUCAUACUAUGUUGACACGUCAUACAAGCUGUACGCUGACUACUCUACAGUCAAUUAUAUCCAGGCUAGUAGUCUCCCUUGAAUAUAUACCGAAUAUGUACAUAUUCCUAUGGUCAUUUUCAGUAUACAGUGGAUCCCUGCAUACUUGCAAUUCAGCAUUGGCUGAUAUUUGUUCAACAUUUUGUUAUUUCUUUCACAAAAAUACGCAGUUUUUUUUUACACAAACACAUCUCAUUCAACCCGAGUCACUGCUAAUUUAUAAAUAAGUGAUGAGAGGUAAAAUGUACAGCAUACAUAUACUACUCUUAUAAAAGGUCCACAAUUUUUUAUGUUUACCUUUACGCAAUGCGUUGAGAUUUUGGCAGUCCUUGAACGCACCAUAGUUGCUGUGAGACGCAAAAGUGAAACUAAACUUCUACACCGUGACUCAGAUUCCAUCUGUUCAUCCAUCGUCUUACAUUAUCAUUCAUUAGUGCUGAUGUGAUUCAUAUUGAAGAGAGAGAGGUUCUGGAGAAUAAUUACAACAGUCACGCUUAUUGCAAAUGUUGAUCUGAAAUCGGAAGACAACAACAUCCAGCUAGCAGGAGGAUUUGUAGGGGGCUCUGUGUCAAAAGUAAAACAUUUUCAUGGGCGUAUCAAUUACUCCAAUCGAGUGGUCUUGGAAAAUAAACCCUGUGAAUAGCAGGGAUCUACUGUAUUAUUUUUUUCAUAGUGUAUUUAGGCAUGGUGUGUUUACCUACAUGUCUUAACCAACAGUUGCCUUCAGUGUGUUCCAUCUGCUGGUAUUUUUACACAUGACCACUUAACACAAAUGUGUGCAUCGUUUGCAAAACACCACCACAGGCUCCCUUAUUGUCUGCUGUGAUCUAUAUUGGUGAUUUUUGUUGGUAAAUGAGAGAUGAUGAGAUUAUCAUCUCACACAGACGUCUGCCAAUGUGAAUAAGGAAGUAGGACAUGGCUGGGCGAUGCAGGACCACAUUUGAUUGGUUAGACAGUUGAUGUGCGCGUUUGACCGUUAUUCAGGGACAAAUUCGAUGGUCGAAAAUGACGAUUGGCCAAAACGUGUGGGGAAGUUGUCGGGACUGGACGUAGUUGUGAGGUUGCGCAUAUUUUCCGGGAAUUUGCAAGAAUCGCAACAUUGUGAAAUCCUGGAGGGUCUGGUUAGUAAACUGUUUAACUCCAAGGAGUUUAAAACUCUUAAGUGACCUAGUCACUGAUGCAUGCUAAUAUUCUCUGAGAGAACAGAUUUAUUUCUGAAGGCUGUUGUUCCAUGUUUGUGUUAUGGCAGUAUUGAGUGGUGCUGCGGUGGUGAGUGAAUGCUGAACAAGAGGAUCGUACUGUACGAACCGGCCCAGUGAAUGUUCUCACAACUGUUACAUAUUUCUCAAUGCACAAGAAAGCUCUUUUAAUACAAUAUAUAAAACAUGUACAUUUUCAGAUAACUAUUUCAUGUUGACUCAUGUCUUUAAUAAAGAUGGCCAUGAAGAUAUACAGUACACCGUACUGACCCA